AUGAGUUAUACUCAUCACCGUACACCUCCCCCUAACCGAGGAUCCCCUACGUCACCCAAACCCCCCUCCUCACCUAAUAGUUCAAUUUCUACCAAACAACCAAGCACCUCCUCAAAAAUUCCACAACCAAACGAAAAUGCAGCACACAAAUCUAAGACCUCAACCAAUACGAUGAACAAUAAUAUAACAUCAUCCAGCCAACAGAAACAACAGCCUCAACCUACACCUACCGUCUUCAACAACAACCCUACAACAACAUUCGCUGAGAAAUUGGGCAAUGGCCUGUUCCCUAAAAAGGAACAAGCAAUUGUAUUCGACGCAGUAGAUGAAAUAUCGCAAAUUGAAUAUAUAAAAAAGAUAGGUGACAUAGUUAAACCCAUAAAUAUAAUAUCGGUUUCAAAAAUCUCAAAAAAAAGAUUCUGCAUCUUCUUAAAUUCCAAAGAACUAGUAACCGAACUAAUAUCAAAACACAAGACAAUUGAAAUACAAAAUAAAUUAAUUCAUAUUCGCCACUUAUAUAACCCAGAUAAGCGAUUCAUACUAGCAAAUGUAUACAAUAAUAUUCCUAACAGUACUAUUUUGGAAGCUCUACGUUACCAUGAUAUUAUUCCCACUAGCCCCAUCACCUGCCUCAGAGCAGGUAUACAACUAGAAGGAUACUCCCAUAUACUCAGCUUUAGAAGACAAUUAUUCAUUAAAGCAGAAGAUUUGCCCAAAAUGCCUAGCUCCAUAUUUAUAAAUUAUGACGGAACAAACCACCGUAUAUUUAUCUCUGAUGACCAAGUAACUUGUUUUAAUUGUAAAAUGACUGGUCAUGUAGCAUCAAAAUGCCCGCAUAACAUAGAAUCACAGAAUUAUAAUAUUGAAAAUAAUAUUGAAGAUAUCAACGAGCCAGCAGUUGACCUCAUUACUGACAAUUGGGCAGAUAACACAGAUAAUACAGAACCAAUUACACCCAUGGAAAAUAUUGGAAAUAAUGACCUAAUUAAUAUUGACAAUUCAGCUAUGGACAUUGACCUAACUGGGGCAACAACAGAUAACGGGGGUAUUAAAAGAGCAGCGUCGAGCUCAACUACUCCUAACGCCACACAAGAACCAAUUAGUAUAAUUAAUAAGAUCGUCAUAAAGCCAACAGUAAACGAAAAAAAACAAACUAGUACUACAUCUACGGCGACGAAAAUUCAAAAAGAUCAAGUUAUCAAAAAAUCCAAAACACUAGUUAGGUCAAAUUCAACAGAAAAACUUAUCGACAAUAUAAAGCAAUUUAUUGAACCAGCCAGAAAUAUAAUAAAAAAUAAUAAAGACAUAAAUAUAGAUUUCGACCAACUCAAGAACAUAGUUAUAAAUGCACAAGGAAACGCAGACCCUAGCGAUAUUUGCAAACAAUAUGGAACUGAUACCAAAACCGUGCUUAACACGAUAGAGGUGGUCAGACCGGCAAUUAAAUCUCAAAGCCUGAAAAAUAGAUUGACUCGCUUAUCAACCAAAUUAUUAGAAACAAUGGAUUUAGAUAAUCGCGAAACGACCGUCCUCGAUACGGAUAACCCUUCGUCACCCAAUAAUUACCUAACCAAUUAA